AUGGCAGCCCCCCUGGAGCCUCAGGACCAGGGCCCCGGGGAGGGAGAAGGGCUUCUGAUUGUGAAGGUGGAAGAUAACUCCUGGGAUCAGGAUUCCGCCCAGCAAGAGGACAGCAGGGACUCGGAGGCCUGCCGCCAGCGCUUCCGGCAGUUCUGCUACAGGGACUCGGGCGGGCCCCACGAGGCCUUCAGCCAGCUGUGGGAGCUUUGCUGCCGCUGGCUGCGACCUGAACUGCACUCCAAGGAGCAGAUCCUGGAGCUGCUGGUGCUGGAGCAGUUCCUGAGCGUGCUGCCCGGGGGUGUCCAGGCCUGGGUGCGAGAGCGGGGCCCUGAGAGUGGCGAGGAAGCUGUUGCCUUGGUGGAGGACCUGCAGAAGCAGCCAGUGAACGCACGGCCGCAAGAUGUGCCCUCAGAGGAGGUGGAACCCAAGGCUGCGGUCCAGGCCAAGGGACCUCCCCCUAAGGCGGGGGCACAAAACCAGCCGCCUGCGCCCUGGGAGCAGCAGGGCCGUGGUGCCCAGCUUCCUGCUCUCCCUAAAGAGGGGAGUACUAAACAGAAAACGAAUGCCUACUUUGCCUCCGAGAUCCGUGGACCUGUGGCAUUUGAAGACAUCUCCUUCUAUUUCUCCCGGGAAGAAUGGGGGUCCCUGGACCCUGCUCAGCGGGAUCUUUUCUGGGACAUAAAGCGGGAAAAUUUCCGGAACGUUGCUGUAGGUUUGGGGCUCAAGAGCCAAAGGGGGCGAUCCCCGCUGGAGGAGGCAGUGAGGGCGCUCCCAGGCCAGGCGGGCAGCGAUGUGACUGUGGCCUGGAGCCCAAAGGAGGCCGAACCCUGGGAGAGUGAGGCCGGGCCAGGGGCGCUCUUGGAGCCAGCAUUGGGGGCGCGGCGGGGGCGGCCGCCCCCCCUGCAGGCGCCCGUUCGGGGACCUGGCAGCCGAGAAGCCCCACAGCUGCGGCCAGUGCGGCAAGCGCUUCCGCUGGGGCUCAGACCUGGCGCGCCACCAGCGCACGCACACGGGCGAGAAGCCGCACAAGUGCCCGGAGUGCGAGAAGCGCUUUCGCAGCUCCUCGGACCUGGUGCGCCACCGGGGCGUGCACACGGGCCAGAAGCCCUUCUCCUGCUCCGAGUGCGGCAAGAGCUUCAGCCGCAGCGCCAACCUGGCGGACCACCAGCGCAUCCACACGGGCGAGAAGCCCUUCAGCUGCAGCGACUGCGGCAAGAGCUUCUCGCUGCGCUCCUACCUGCUGGACCACCGGCGCGUGCACACCGGCGAGCGGCCCUUCCACUGCGGAGCGUGCGACAAGAGCUUCAAGCAGCGCGCCCACCUCAUCGCCCACCAGAGCCUGCAUGCCAAGAUGGCCCAGCCCGUGGGGUGAGGGCUGGAGGGUGUUCUGGGAGACGGAGCAGCAGGAUGGCCACCUCUCUCUGCUGCCACCUUCUGCAGCCACAACCCCUACGGCCUUGCCCUGCCCUGCUCUGCCCCAGGGCCUGGUCCACACAACCAAGUGAUGGAAAUCCCCUAUGA